UGGGCUCUGAACAACCCGGCCCAGGAGCUACGCUUUUAGGCUGCCCUAAAUCUAUAGUUUACUUCUUCUAGUGCAAGAAUUAUUCAGUUACCAAAAACCUGAACGUAACUCAUCCUUUGACCUACAUAGAUCUGCAUAUGUAGACGAGAACCUUAUCCGGCCGCCACUGUGAUGUCAGCAAAACGUAAGCUAGGAUAUCAUAAACGUUCCCUAUUAUAAAUGGAGAACCUUGCCGGGCAUAUUAAAACGUCGUAAAAGAGUAAACGUUAUGUCUUGCAUCUGAUGAAGCUAAAACUUCAGAUUUAUUUCCUAAGUUAAAUACACCAAUUGUUUUUUUUUAAUUUUUUGUUCACUUAACGUAAAACCUAUGUAUAGUUCUCGUUGACUUUGUCAUGUCUAUUUUCACUGAAAGUUAAAUAUGUUAAUGUAUAAAUGGAAGUAUGGUUUGUUCGUCGUUACAGAGACCAGUCAUCAUGGACUACAACAGAUGGAACCUGUUCUGGAGUGUAUGCUUUGCAUCUACAGCGUGUAUAAUCAUCUUUGGUAACUCACUGUCCAUUUCAGUGUUUGUCAAGCGAAGACUUCGCCGGCGUUCUUAUUACUUGUUAAUCGAUUUGGCAGUAGCUGAUCUUUCGGUUGGAUUAUUUGCAAUACCGAUCUAUAUGAUGACAGUCAUCUCUGAGGAAGCACUUGUGUCACGACUGGUAUUUGAUUGCGUGGAUAUGUUUACAGGGUUUUCUUCAAUUUUCACCUUAGCAUUUAUUUCUCUUGAGCGACUGCACGCUAUCGUUCGACCGCUUCGUCAUCGUCAGCUCUCUUCGCAUUGCUACACCAUUGCCAUAAUUACGCCAUGGAUCCUCUCUCUUGUUGUGACUUCAACGCGAGUGUUGCUCGGAUUUUCCGUCAUAGAAAUUCAACACUUUGUUGUUAUUAUGAUCAUUAGCUUAUCGACCCCUCUGUUGAUAUAUUGCACUUCAUAUGCAGUUAUUUGGAAAAAGCACGCCUCUCGACCAUGGGGAGUUAGAGCGGCGAAGUGCGAGGCCAGGUUCUCUAAGACAUUGUUUUUGAUAACGGGCGCAUUUGUGUUGACAUGGCUGCCAUUCCAACUGUUGGUAAUAGUGUUAAACACUUGCGUGCCGUGUAAGAAAGUUCCCGCUGUAGUUGUUUUCGGAAUUAAGCUCCUGCAGUUCGCUAACUCUUUUAUUAAUCUUGUCAUUUAUUGCCUAAGAAUGCAAAGUUACAGACAUGCGCUCUAUCAGAUCCUAGCCAGAUGUAAAUGCAGUCUCGCUAGACGCCGAGAGCUUUAUCCGUUGACCGAUAUUCCAACGAGUAUUAAGCUUGUUUCUUUUUCAAGCACAUUACAUUUACGUCGCACCAGCAUCUCUUACUAA